AUGUCUAUUCCAGAGGACCCGCUAGAACGCCGCCGUUUGCAGAAUCGCAUGGCGCAACGCCGCUUCCGAUCCCGCCAGAAAAAUCAAGAGCAACGAAAUGCUAUUGAACUGGCCUCUCAGCUGCAAAGUGCCGCAGCCUCGCUGUAUUCUGAGUCUGUAAAUAUGGAAGGUCGCCUGGAGGACUUUUCAAGCACAGCAAACACAGCACACGAUGCGUCAUCGCUACGCGGUGGCUACUCUGCCUCUUUGAACGGCGUAGGGGGGAUUCAUGAGAGUUUUUCGCUAUUUGAUAGCAAUAACAGGCAUGACCAUUUCGUCGGCUUGGAUGCAAAUGGAAAUUGUAUACCCUACGCCCUGUCAGAGCCAGUGCCUAGUACGAUAUCAACGUCUCCCGGUAACUCGUCCCCUCUCGAUGUCCUCGGAUCGGGCAGGAUGCAACAUCGCAAUUCAUCACCAGCCCACUCGGACAACUAUUUCUCGUCUGAGGAUCACCUGUUGGAAUCCGCAAUCAUCGCAACCAACGAUCUGAUGAAGACAACUAACUUUGGAUCACCAGAUCUAUCAAGUGCAGAUACUAGCCCAAGAGCCAGUGAUUCUUGUGCUAUGAGCGAUCCCGGCUGGCUUAGCGCUCUGCACAUGGCGGCGAGGCGGGGCCAUGGAGGGAUCGUACGUCUCUUGCUGCAGAAUUGCAUGGAUACCAAUGAACCAGACAGCGAUGGCCUAACGCCCCUGAUGCAUGCGGCUGCAGGCGGCCAUGAGGAAGUCGUCGGCCUGCUGUUGAGCCAUGGGGCUCGGCUCGGGGAUCGAGACAACCGACGGCGGUCGGUUUUGCACUGGGCUGUGCUUACAUACAGAGAGGCUGUACUUCGACUGCUGCUCAAACAUGCCGCCACCGACGAUCCUCUUUUGAUUGACGCCUACGAUGAAUCGGGAUGCUCUCCCUUGCAUGCGGCAAUUGACUCAGGAUUCGAGAUUGGUGUCAGCAUAUUAAUGGAGUUCGGCGUCAACAUACACUCCAGGGCAAGGAAACCCUGA